AUGUUAGCUAAACAGCAUGACCUGCAUGACACUUAUGUUUAAGAUGGUGAAAAUCAGCUUCAGUUUGCGGCUAUUUAAUUAAAUGACAGUGAAAUAAACAAGGUUGCGGAAGUCUGUGAAGAUGCCAGCUGGUGUGUCUUGGCCUCGGUACAUUAGGAUGUUUGGAGCUAGUGUACUGUCUAUGUUUUUAGGGGCACAGGUCGUCCAUCAGUACUACCUACCUGAUCUGAGUAUACCAGAGCUCCCACCAAAGCCUGGGGAGCUUCAGACCGAACUGCGGGGCUACAAAGUCAGAGAAGAAGCUACUGCGGCAUUACAGCAGUUUAAAGCAGAACAAAAGGUGGACUGAUGUGGAACUACACAUCAUCUGUGUGAUGGACACUCAGUCAUUCAGACUUUGUCCAGUUUUUGCCAACAGCUAGAGGCUGAAACGAGCCAAGGUGGAAGAGUCAUUUCCAGAAUACCUGCAAAUGGAUAUCUUCUGUGUUUGAUGUUUCUCUUUUAAUUGAACGAACAAGAGUGGAAUCAGAUGCUGCAUCAUUGAUGCCUGACCGUCCAGGAUAAGCAUCUUAUCUGGAACAUGAUCUUUUCGUUUAUACAAACAGUCGCAUCCAUCUCUUGUGAAAACAUCUCUUUAUCCUUUUUGAAUGUAUUUGCAUUUGUAGGAGAGGUGAAAUAUGUAAAAGAGUAAGAGGAUGCUUUAUGGACACACAAUAACUGUGCUUAAGUUGAUAGUUUCAUCCAAGCAGACAAAACAUAUUUUAAAUAAAAAUACCAAGCAGAACUUUUGGCAGUAGUUUG